AGUGUUCGUAGGGGUUCGUAGGGGUUCGUAGGGGUUUCAGAUGAUUCUAGGUUAUAGUUUACGUUAUACUGUAUCUUAGCUACAGUGCUAUUCAUUAAUCGAAUCUCUCGAGUGUAGGAACUACAAUAAUUCAAUCGAUCGAACGCUGCCAUCAGCCCAAGUUGUCUCGAGUGGCUGUUUUAGCCAGUUUCAGCCAGUUUCAGCUGUACAUACACUCAUAAAAUGACCCGCGGACAAUGAACAGCAGGGGUGCGUUCAGAGUGAACGUCCGGGCCGGUGCGGCCGGUGCGGCCGGGGCACAUCCAGAUAUAUCAUUUUAUCCUUGUUUGACAUUUGAUAAACACAAGAAUAAAAUGAUAUAUCUGGGUGCACCCGGACGCCGGACGUUCAUUAUAAAACGCAGUCCAGCGUACGUAGUACACAUCAGAAUUCUUGGGGUGUAAUUUCUGAUUGAGGGACAUUUCAAGCCAUGGUGAUGGCUAAUAAUAAAUCAGUAAUUAACUUGCUGCAAGAGGUGUUGAUUAAGGAAGGAUGUGCUCCUUCUUACAAUUUUGAGGAAAAAAGUACUAAUACGAUUGACAGGCAAUUUUUAUGUAAUGUAUCUUGUAAAGAAUUGAAUGCAUCUGGUAUAGGGAUUUCCAAAAAGGAGGCCAAGCAAAAUGCAGCAAAGAAUAUGCUAUUACUAUUGAUUUCAAAAAAUAAAACUUCAUUACUAGGAGAUACUUUAUCAUUGUCUUCAGUUGCAAACACAGGGCAAAGCUUUGCAAAAGUCUACGAGACAUCAUCAUCGUAUAAACAAUCAAACACUGUUUGUAAUUAUGUUGGAAAAUUACAAGAAUUCUGUCAACAACAAAAAAUAAAUCCGAAAGACAUUCUGUACGAACUUAUCUCUGAAGAAGGACCACGUCACUUGAGAACAUUCACCAUAAGAGUCAAUGUGGGAUCACUGCACGAGAGUGGAACGGCAACGUGCAAGAAACUUGCUAAGCAAGAAGCUGCAAAAAAGUUGCUCACAUGUCUGAAAUCAAACACAGCUAAUAUAAAUACAACUAAUUUAGAUAAUUCAAAUGUAGCUAUUAUAAAUGCAGUUAAUUUAGAUAAAGUUAAAUCAAACGUAGCUAAUACAAAUAUACUGGACACAAAUCAAGAGGUAAUAUCGACAAAAAGUAAUAUCGACAAGAAAACACUUGCAAACAGAAUACAAGAUUCAGACACAAAAGUAAAAUGUGUGACGGAGAAAACUUCACUAGUGGCAGAGUUAUCAAAAAAGGAAUCGUUUAAUCAGAAAAUUAAGGAGCCGACACAAGCGCCAAGCAUGGAGGUCAUCGAAUUGAUGUCGGAUGAAGAUGAGAAAAAUGAUGGAAAAAUUAAAUCUAAAGUAUGCAAUAGUAAUUGUGUGAAUUUUAAAUGUUCCUCUGGGAUAAAUAUGAAAUUGGCACCUUCCUUUGCAUGCUCAUUUUAUGGAGUUUCACUUGAGAAGAAAAAAAAACGUAUGAUAUGUGAAGAGUGUUUUAACACUGCGCUGAAACAUCAAAAGCAAUUGGUAAAAGCCUUUGUGGAACAGAAACCUUUAUUAGAUUGUAAUUUUCCGGAUCAUACGAUGGAAGUAGAAAUUUCUGAUAGCGACGAGUCUGACGACGAGAAGAAAAGGGAGCCAGAUAAUAAUGAAUACAUACCAGAAGAUGUACUCUCAGACAUACAGGAUAAACUGGAUGAUACCUUGUCGUAUAUCUAUAAAAAAUACAAUGUGGAGCAGCAUGCUAAAGUUGCAUGUGAAAGCUUGAAGAAGAGAUGGCAAAAUAUAUGUGCGGCGAAUGAUUCUCUUAAUACCGAAAUACGGGGUGUAAUGCGUACCAUGGAUAAAUUGCGUAAUAACUUAUACGAGGACUUUAGGCCACAAAUUAAAAUGAUCGAAGAAUUGCAAAUAAGCGAUGCGAUUACGGAGAACGCCCAUUCAUUUGUAGCAACGAAGAAAGUAACGCAAGUACGUGUUCCGCCUUCCUCGUUGCAAGAUAAUCAAUUGGAGGUUUUAGCGAUUGAACCAUCGAGUAAUAAGCAGACAAAAGUUCUUAAUCUACCGCCAACUGGUCCACUCGUUAAACGACCUCCGGAGAUAGACGAUAUCGUUUAUAUCAUGAAAAAUGCUGUUGUGCCAUGGAUUAAAGCAAAGGUUCAAAAUAUAUUUUCAACAAACCCAUGGGCCAUUCGUGUAAAAUUUCUUCAGAAAAAAUACAAUUCAGCAAUGAAGACUGUUUCUGGCAAGCAUUUAGCGAUAACCGAGAUAAGUAAAGUUAUGAUCCCAGUUGGAACACGAGUUGUAGCUAUAUUUCGUGAUACAUGUUCCAAUAAUUACUAUAGUGGAAUAAUUGCCGAGACACCAAAAUCCAUAAAUAAGUACAGAUAUCUCGUAUUUUUUGACGAUGGUUACGCUCAAUAUGUUGUCCAUAAUGAUAUCUUUUUGGUUUGGGAAACCUCGUCCCGCGUUUGGGAAGACAUUCCUAACGAAUCACGAGAGUUUGUCAAGAAAUAUCUAGAAUCGUAUCCCGAGAGGCCAAUGGUAAAGUUACAGCCAGGUCAAAUGGUUAAGACCGAAUGGAAUGGUAAAUGGUGGCUCGCGAGAGUCGUACAAGUCGACGCGAGUUUAGUGCAAAUGCAUUUUGAUGCCGAUAGAAGAACCGAAUGGAUUUAUCGUGGAUCGACUAGAUUGGGUCCUUUAUUUAUCGAGGUACUAAAGGCCAAUACGAGGCAGCUUCAACAGUCUGGCAGUGCACAUACUCGACAUCGUAUUCCUGCUACGUUUAAUAAAACUAAUUUACCUUACGUUGAAUAUACAUCCAAUGUGGAAGAAGAUGUGCAGACCCAAAAUGUGCAAGCUGAGAAGACAACAGUUGCUACGAGUGUGGCAUCUAGUACACCAUCUGCCCCGCAACAACCGCGUGCAGUAGCUAAGAAAAGUACUGCUAAAAGGCCAAAUAAUGUAGAUACUUCAACGUACAAUUCUAUUGUAGAAACGAAACCCUCGCAUAGUAUCGUUUUUUACCAUACACAAAGGAAAUACGAACCAAAGAAAUACGUUCCUCACAAGUGUGGACCAAAAUGUAUCAGAGGUAUCAAGGUUUCACCCGACGAUUUAAAACGGCUUUCGCCACUUUCUAUUCCACUGUUAUGUGGCUGGCAUCGACAACUUUGCAAAUUUUCCAAGAGCAAGAAAGUUAUAUUAUAUCAGACACCAUGUGGCAUCAGAUUGCGAAAUAUGGAGGAGCUACAUCGUUAUCUCCGUACUACCAAUAGCACAUUGUCAGUUGAUCUGUUUGAUUUUGAUUAUUGGGUGCGAGCCUUUGCUGAUUUCAUCGUAGAGAAGUGCUUCAUUAACAUCAAGGAUCUCAGUUAUGGCGUAGAAAACGUACCGAUACCAUGUGUGAAUGAUUUGGAUCACACUCAACCGGAUACCAUAAGAUAUACUACACGUCGGGAGCCAACGGAAGGUGUUAAUCUAAAUUUAGAUCCUGCGUUUUUAUGUAGCUGCGAUUGCGAGGACGAUUGUCAGGAUAAGACGAAAUGUCAAUGCUGGCAACUAACGAUACAAGGAGCAACUUUGGGAGGAAAAGUGGCAAACACUGCUGUUGGUUAUAUUUAUAAACGUUUGCCCGAACCGGUGACCACGGGAAUCUAUGAAUGUAAUUCUGGAUGCAAGUGUUCUGUGAAAACAUGUCUUAAUAGGGUGGUGCAGCAUCCUCUCAGAUUAAAGUUGCAAGUGUUUAAAACAGGGCCGCGUGGUUGGGGCAUAAGGUGCCUCAAUGACAUUCCACAUGGCGCUUUUAUUUGUAUUUAUGCAGGGAGAUUACUCACCGAGCAGGGCGCAAACGAAGGAGGUAAAAAUUAUGGUGACGAAUAUCUGGCAGAAUUAGAUUACGUGGAAGUGGUAGAAGGUUUUAAGGAGGGUUAUGAAAGCGACGUUCUCGAAUCGGAAAUGCCGAUGUCACCUGCAGAAAAUGAUAAUAAGAAGAAAGCUACUGGCAUGAGUGACGAAGAAGAGGAUAAUACUAAGGAAAGCGCCAAUGAUUCGGAUGAAGAUUUCAAUAUUGAUAAUUAUGUGGCUUUGAAUAAAGAUAUAGAAUUGGAAACAACUGCGGAAUCUUCAUCCAUUCGGAAACGUCUAAGAAAACGGAAAAGAAAUGAAAUGGACAAUCAACCGGAGAUGUCUGAAGAAAACAGCGAGGAUGGAAGCACGAAAGGUUUGGAAAACAUAAAAUCAUUCACGAGUGAAAUUCAGGACACGAUCAACAUCAGUGACGACGAUGAUAGCAGAAAUGACGUGAGAAGAGAACCGAGCAGGUUCGAGCCUAGUGUAGAACCAAAGCAAAUAGAGAGAUCGACAUUCAAGUCGGUGAGAGAUUAUUUUGGCGCGGACGAAGCCGUUUACAUUAUGGAUGCUAAAACGACUGGAAAUAUCGGUCGUUAUUUGAAUCACUCCUGCGAUCCAAACGUGUUUGUGCAAAAUGUGUUUGUCGAUACGCAUGAUGUGCGUUUUCCGUGGGUGGCUUUCUUCGCGUUGCAAUAUAUAAAAGCUGGACAAGAGCUUACGUGGAAUUACAGUUACGAUGUAGGAAGUAUACCGGGUAAAGUGAUCAUAUGUAAAUGUGGUGCAGCCAAUUGUAGAGGCCGUCUUCUGUGAACUGUGCAUUUUGUGAUAAACUUUGUCUAAAUGGAACUUGUUUUCCCUAGCAAAAUCGACAGUAUUUAAUAUAUUACACAGGCAUCAUAAUACAAUCAUUAUUUAUCGUCGUUGGAAGAAAAAUUUGCGAUAGAAAUGAACAAAUACAUAAAGACAUAAAACAUACAUUUAUUUUGUAAAACAUUUCAUAUAUAUAAAAGUUUGUAAUAUAUAGGAUUUGAUAUUUCAUGAAUUUGUAGAUAUGGCAUAUUGUUAGUUUAUACAUUUUUUUUCAAUUUCAGUAAAUGAUUUAAAUGUAA